UCCCAGCAGCGAGGCGAGUUUCUGCUGCACGCUCUCUCUCUCUCUCUCUCUCUCCCUCGCGCGCGCGGGAGUGUGUGUGUGUGUAUGAGUGUGUGUAGGACUGUGUGAGUGUGUGUGAGGGGAAGAACCGGGACGUGUCUCGCGCUGUUUGUUGUUGAGUGGUUUUACUGAGAGCCAUGCAGACUCCCAGCAUCGUCCUCGCGCUUCUGCUGCUGAGUCUCGUGCUCGGACUGUCCACCGUCCUCGCGACUAAAGUGAAUAAACAUAAGCCAUGGAUUGAGACGUCGUAUCGGGGGCUGAUCACGGAGAACACAGAAGAGGUUUUACUGGACCCUCCACUGGUGGCUCUGGACAAGGACGCACCCAUACCUUACGCAGGGGAGAUCUGUGCAUUUCGAGUGUACGGCCUGGACGCUCCGUUUGAGGCGGUGGUCCUGAACAGGACGUCGGGGGAGGGGCAGCUGCAGGCGCGGCGUCCAAUCGACUGCGAGCAUCAGAGAGAACACACCUUCAUCAUCCAAGCCCACGACUGUGGAGCAGGACCAGGAGGAACCGGAGGCAAAAGAUCACACAAGGCGGUGGUUCAUGUGCAGGUUGGGGAUGUGAAUGAGUUCUCUCCGGUGUUCAGUAGUCUGGAUUACUCCGGGUCGGUUCUGGAGGGCCGGGUUUACGACAGUAUUCUGCAGGUUCAGGCCUCGGAUCAGGACUGCUCUCCUCAGUACAGCCAAAUCUGCAACUACCAGAUCACCACCGAGGACACGCCCUUCGCCAUAGACCGCAAUGGUAACAUCAGAAACACAGAGAGUCUGAGUUUUGACGCUCGGGCGCAUUAUGACAUCAGCGUGACGGCGUUUGACUGCGGGCAGAAGCAGGCGAAGCACAGCGCCACCGUCCACAUCCACAUCAAACCCGUCUGCAGACCCGGCUGGAGGGGCUGGACUAAGCGUGUGGACUAUGAACCCGGCACAGGCAGUAAGCAGCUGUUUCCCAAAAUGCACUUGGAAACCUGUGAGGAGGCGGUAUCUUCGGUCCGGACCACUGUGGAGCUGCAGACGAGCCACAUCGGGAAGGGCUGUGAUCGAGAGACGUAUUCCGAGAAAUCUCUGCAGAAGCUCUGCGGAGCCUCUUCAGGCAGCACUGACCUCCUCCCCGCCCCGAGUGCCGCCUUUAACUGGACGGCGUCUCUGCUGACGGACGGCGGGCGCGACAGCGACCUCAUUUACCGGUUUGACGGACGGCAGGCGGCCAAAAUACCGCACUGGAUCUCCCCGCAGAACCUGACGGACCAGUUCACCAUAGCAACCUGGAUGAAGCACGGGCCGAGUCCCGGUCUGAGGGGGGAGAAGGAGACACUGCUCUGCAACUCAGAUAAAACAGAGAUGAACAGGCAUCAUUACUCUCUGUAUGUGCACAACUGCAGGCUGGUGUUCCUGCUGAGGAGGGAUUUCACCCAGGGAGACUCUUUCAGACCGGCCGAGUUCCACUGGAAACUGGAACAGAUCUGUGAUAAGGAGUGGCAUUACUAUGUCAUUAAUGUAGAGUUUCCAGUGGUCACUCUCUACGUGGACGGGGUGACCUAUGACCCGUACCUGGUGACGGAUGACUGGCCCAUCCACUCGUCUAAGAUUGAUGUCCAGCUCACCGUUGGAGCCUGCUGGCAAGGGGGUGAGGUGUCGAAGGCCCGGUUUACGCAGCAUUUCCGCGGCAGUCUGUCGGGUCUGACUCUGAGACCCGGGAAGAUCGAGAGUCAGAAGGUGAUUUCCUGCCUGCAGGCCUGUAAAGAGGGACUGGACAUCACCUCACUGGAGAGCCUGGAGAAAGGGAUAAAGUUUCACUUUAAUCCGGCUCAGUCUGUGCUGGUGAUGGAGGGAGAAGAUCUGGAUCAGGUGAACACGGCUCUGAGAAAAGUCUCCUACAUCAACUCCCGACAGUUCCCCACGCCCGGAGCUCGCCGCUUACACAUCUCUACCACAGUACAGUGUUUCGGGGAGGACGUGUGCAUCUCUAUCCCUGAUAUAGAGGCAGUAGUGAUGGUGAUGCAGCCGAGUGAGCCACGCAUCACUAUCACGGGGGCGGAGCAACUCAACACACCCGCCUCCGACCUGGCUGCCGGCCUAUCGCUGUUCAGGGAUUUGCAUAUCGUCAGCACCGUUACCAAGAGCGACAGAGCUGACCAUAAUACAGAGCACAGGUCAGGUGUCCUAGAGGAAAUGGUCCAUAAUCUCGACUACUGUGACAUCCUGGUGUUGGGGGAGGAGCUAAAGGGCGGCCUGGAGAGUCUGCAGCUGCCUCGCAGUGCACUGCUGGGGAAACAUUUGGACUACACCAACUCUACUACCGGCAUGUCCAUUUACGGUGUGGAUUCCCUGUCUCAUUAUGUGCAGGUGAUCAGACAGGUGCGUUUCCAGAGUCUGCAGAAAGGAGCUUCAGUACGGAGCUUCAGACUGACCUGCUCCGAACUCAACGGACGAUACACCAGCAACCAGUUCACCCUGCAGGUUAAUGUUCUCCACAGAGAAAAGGCAGUCAAGCAUGUCAGUCACUUGGUGGCUCCACCCAGAUACACACCCCUUAUCCAUCAACCAAUCGUAGCCACGACCGGCCAGAGCUCUGGUGUGGCGAACGCAGUAACUAUAGUGAUAGUGGUGUGUAUCACCGCCCUGGUGGUCAUGGUGGUCCUGGGGGUCUACCAGCUUUACCUCACGCACAUGCAGGAGGACGUGGACGCACACUCGUACUCAGAGAAACACAGUGACCUGGAUCUCUCAGCUCUCACCAUCACAGUCAACCCACUGGAGAGCAUCGAGGAGCUUCAGCCAGCAGAGGAAUUAACAGAGGAAGAAGUGGAGGAUGAGGAGGAGGAGGAGGAGGAAGAUGAUGAUGUCUCCAGCAGCGAAUCAGACAGCGAUGAAGAGGAACCCACAACUGCCAGCAUGCAACCACAGACAAAAACGCUGAGCAAGAUACAGUGGCCAAAACCAACGGCACUCUGCUGAGAACCCUCACACACACACACACACACACACACACACACGCACACACACUCAUACACAAAUUGUGUGAAAGAAUUGGACAGUUCAUGUCCAUUCAGAACUGAAAAAUCAGAUCCACUAAGCAGAAAUGUCCCUUAAAAUGUGUUUAAAUGUCUAAAAAUAUAAAUAUAAAUUAAGAUCAAAUAAUAAUUAUGAUAAAAUCUGAUGAUAUUAUAUUAUAUUAAUAUUAAUAAAAAUGUACCGGUGUAAUUAAAUUACUUGGUAACUGGGAGACACUACUGAUCAACCCUGAUUCAUCUGAAUUAAAGGGUUUUUUAAUAAAAUAUAAAAAAUAUAAAACACCCCUUUCUAAUAAAUUUAAUAAUAAACUUUGAGUUGCACCCCUUGCUGACACAGAUGUGCAAAUACACACACACACACACAUAAACACAGCUGGUUUAGUCCAUAUAGAGAAGUAUUGCUAAAUAAAAUAAAACUUUCUGGAGCAGAUAUACCUAAUGAACCAAUUGGCACCAUGCCUUAAACCCAAUGCCAGGCCCAAGGUAAAGGUAUAUAAAGACCCUAAAUAUCAAGCUGUGGAGCAGCAGACCUGUAUGGAACUGUCAGGAAUGAUGGAGGUGCUUCUCUAGAAAAUAAAGACAGUUACUCCAUCAAAAACAUAGAGGAUUCUUCAUAAUUCCCCUUGUUUUAGGUUUAAGAUGGAGCAGGUGUCUCAAUACCUUUGUCUAAAUGAGUUUAAAAAUUAGAAUAUCAUUGAAAAGUUCCUUUAUGUCAGUAAUUCAGUUCAAAAAAUGUGAAACUCGUAUAUUAUAUCGGUGUAUUAACCACAAAGAGUGAUCUUUUUUAAGCGUUUAGUAUUAGAAUUAGAAGAAUUUGACAACUAAUUGGUACUUUUGGCAGUGUGGGCAGUGUGCCAAGUCCUGCUGGAAAAUGAAAUCCACAUCUCUAUAAAAGUUGUCAGUAGCAGAGGGAAGCUGUAAGAUAUGAAGUGCUGUAAGAUUUUGUGGGAAAACAAAACUGCACUGACUUUAGACUUGAUAAUAAAACACAGUGGAUCAACACCAGCAGAUAUCAGACAUGUCUCUUUAUCCAAACCAUCACUGAUUGGUGGAAACUUCACACUAGACCUCGAGCAGUUUGGACUGUGUGUCUCUCCACUCUUCCUUCAGUCUCUGCUCCCUUAAUUUACUUUAAAUGAAAUGUAAAAUUUACUGAUGAUCAGUGAUGGUUUGGUAAAGAGAGACAUGUCUGACAUCUGCUGGUGUUGAUCCACUGUGUUACCAAUUGGUCUCAUAUAAUAUUUCAAUUUGCCGAGACACUGAGUUUAGGGUUUUCAAGAUGUGAACAAACUUUAGACUGGUCCUGUACGCCUUAAUAUUUAUAUAUUUCGGCUAAUUCUUGCCAAUAUAUUGUAUAUUAUUCAGUGUGUUUUGCUUCAGCCAAAUGCCUCAUUCUGUUCGAUUUGAUUUUCGCCCCAAUAUAACGUUUUGCUGCACUCCUGCUCUCAGCUAAUCGACUACGUUUGUGUUUCUAUUGAAGGAAAUGUUGAGAAUUUGAGUUUUUGCUGAACUGCUCCUGUAAAAGCCAUUCAGAGCUGCUGCAGACAUUAUUUAGGAAAGCAGCUUGCUGAGGGGGACUCAAUACACAGCGUGAGUUAUGAAUUAAAAAUGAACUCAGCCUUUAAAGAGAUGCAUGCCGUCUCUGCGGGAGCGUUUGGGAGAGGCGCUUUGGAUUUAUAACACGGCUUUUUGGCCGAGCCGCUGCCACACGCCAUCCAAAAGCUGCCAUUUUUGGGCUCCACAUGUGGCGGCGUUUGAUCAGCCCGGUUCUGUAACUCGGAGCCGCUGUUACUUUGUUCUGAAGGACUUCACACACUCACACACUCUCAGAGCUCUCAGAGGAUCGAGACGCUGCAUUAGAAGCACUUUCGGAAGCCUCUGCUGACCAGAUAUCGGAUAUGGACAAAAGUAAUGGGACACCUGCUCAUUCAUUCAUUUUCUUCCCAAAUUAAAAGUUUUAAAAAGAGUUUAUCCUGCUUUUAUUGCAACAGAGCAACAUAAACGUCUCUACUGUUGAGUAAAAAUAGCUUUUUUACUUGAUCUUCUACUAGAUUUUAGAGCAUUGCUGUGAGGAUUUGAUUGCAUUUAGUGACCGAAGCAUGAGUGAAGUCAGGAAACCCACACAGAUAGGGACUUGAACCCAAGACCCCAGUGCUGGGAGGCUAAUGUGCUAACCACUAAGCCACCAAUUUCUGCCAAUUUUAAUCUAUGUCCAUUACAGAC